AUGAGCUGUUGUGGCCUGAGGCCACCACAUCCAGUGACCUUCAGGCUGCCAACGUCACUCAUUCUCGAGCUCAUCUCCAACUGGCGCCCUGUGACCGUCUCUCUCUGCUCUCCUGCACCCGGCCAAUGGGGCUGUGAUUAUCAACCGUUCAACACCUCCUUUCACCUUAAGUCUCAUCAAUCGGACUUCGGUGUCUCCGCAAUCAUGGCGGCUGGACUCAAGACCAUCAUCGCGCUUUCAUUUGUUCUUGCCAUUGGUUUCCUCCUCGUUAUCCUCUCUUCCGCGCUAUGGCAUAAGUACUGGCCGCUGCUGGUCGUCGGCAUCUAUGUCGUUGCGCCCCUCCCCAACUGGAUUUGCCAACGAUGCGCAAACCCCGACGAUUUCAUGGAUAGCUCGAGCAACUCUGCGAUGGACUUUGGGCGAUUCAUGACUGGAUUUUUGGUUCUGACUGGCAUUGCACUUCCCAUCGUCCUCGCCCACAGCGGUGCGAUCGAGAUCCCCGCAAUGAUCAUGUCCAUUCUCGGAGGCCUUUUGAUUUACGGAACCAUUAUUAGCUUCUCAAUGUUCUUCCAGGAACAGGAAGAGUUCUGAUCGCAAACUGGGGUGCGCCGCCCUUGGACUACAUGGACUGUAUGGGCUAUAUUGUAGACCAAGUGACCUCGCGGGCUCUGACUUCUUGAUAUCCGUCUUUCUUCAUUAUUUCUUUUGAUUUCAGCGUAUGAUUGAUAUGCUUUGUAUGAGUGAUCUGUAUUUGGUCCGGGUGUCUAGCUUGAAUGGCUGCGAUGGCUCCCGUGACUCGAUACUUGGCCGUGCUACUUUAUGUGUACUAUAACACAAUGGAUAUAGAAACUUUCUGGCAAAUUCGUAACAUUUGAAUCAAUUCGCUCCUCAGACAAAG